AUGUCGUCAGCUAACGCCCCAUCUAAAAAAUCACAUCCAUUCAACAUCUCAGGUGUCGUCGAGGUAUCAGAAAUUCUUCCGCCUCUCAACGACUUAAGCUACACGUGGAGAAACUCCACAGUCUCCAUAACUUGCAAUGGCUUGGAUGACGCGAACGAACGUGAAUACGAUGGCAUCCUUACUGGCUACUCUGCAACGGAGCACGAAGUCGAGGAUGAACACUGUUAUACAAUCAAAGGCCGCAUGAUCCCAUCAUCCGAAUGUGCCGAUUUUCAAAUCUACUUCGACCCGAUUCAUAAGAUAGAUUCGGGCCCAUUGGAUACUUUUGUAGGAAGGCUCCAUGACAAUACCGCGGCGUCUGGAUUUGGCAUAGUAGGAGCGAAGACGGAGGUGCCUGACCUGAACUCCGACUCGGCGAUUUUGGUCUUUGUCAUGAAACACACUGAUUACAGACCUGAGGACAAGUCCACACACGAAUUUGAGGUUGAAUAUCGCAUGCGGCCCACACCCAACUUGAAAAAGACCCAAGCUUUGAUUCAAGAAGGCAAGGAAACUUUGGUUCAUGGUUACAUCGUGGACUGGAGCGAAGCGCACAAUCGCUGGGUUGUGGAUGCAAGUGUUCACCAUCUGUCAAGCAUCAACAUUGCGAGCGGGCAUCAAUCUGUAACAAAGAAGAAAGCCACGACCAGUUCUCAGGUUACCGCGACAGGCCGGGUGAAACCAGCUAAACAUAACAGCACCCCAACUAAACCGGCUCAAGUCACGCCUAAGAAACGAGCCGCGCCAGCAGCCAAGAGCAAAGCGCGUGCUGCUGCCCCCGCCGCAGCGAAUGAUGGAUUCGACGAAGGAUUUGAGGAGGCUGACCAACCGGAAGAACCAGUUGUGCCUCCUGUUAAAAAGCGAGCCCCGACUGCCGCUAAAGGCAAGGCGCGUGCCGCCGCUGUUUGCGAACCGGAAGAGGAACUCGAGGACGGGAUGUUUGAGGCUGAGUUCGACGAUGCAUUUGAACCACCCACUCAGGGAACAAGCACCGGCCGUGGAACCAAAGCUGGCCGAGUGCCCAGACGUCCUCGCGGAGCCCAUUUUUGUCGAUUCUAUUUCCACUCCUGGCCCAAGUCGGACUGGCUCGGUCGCUUGGGCCGUUAUCUGUUUGUUCCAAUUGCAAUUGAAUUUCAUCGUGCCAAUUUCUCGCCAACACGUAUGGCGUCGUUAUACCCAGCAGCCUCGAUUGGCCCUGCGGCUCGCACCCGAUCUGACUUGGCAGAGCUGAGCUUAGCAGCCAGGUUUCCGGGGGAAAUGCCGCUCGACAUCGGAGACUGUGACGAUCCAUGCGUCGCCUGUGGCGCGUUACAUUGGCGAGCCGAGCGCACUCAGGACGACUGGAAAGCAGAACACGCCUCCUACUCAUCAUGCUGCCAGAAGAGAGCGGUGGCCUUGCCAAGCAAUGGCUUAGAAAAUAAGCUUGCACCUCAAUUUGUCCAGGAUUUACUCACAGGGAGUGACUCAGAUUCAAAGCAUUUCAGAAAACAUAUUCGAGCGUACAACAACUCUCUGUCCUUUACUUCGAAUGGAGUGGAAACGGACAAGUCUGUCGCGGGAAAUGGAGGGACUUGGACGUAUCGAAUCUUUGGGCAACUUAGCCAUAACAUCGGAGCCCUCUUGCCUCCGGAAGGCGCGCCUAGAAAGUUUGCGCAGAUUUUCAUGGGCGGUGACCAAGCCGAGGGAGAAGCUGCAGCUCGAUCGAAGGCUGCGGGCGGAGGACUGAGACCAGCUAUCCUGAAAAGAUUCCAGCGAUUUUUGUAUGCCAAAAACCCAUUUGCAAAAUUAUACAAAUCGGCCGAAGAAGUCGCGAAUGGCACAGAGCUCAAGACAAUCAAAAUCAAAUCCCUUGCUGUUGUCUGUGGUAUUCAAUAG